GACCCAAACGUACGCAAUAUUGGUGGCAAUCAGUUUACUUUGACGGGCGCUCGCAUGCGGUACUACUAUUCUGACGGCGCGAUAAAACAGUGCAAAAGUUUCUUGAGUACUAAAAAAUACUUUUGUGAAAGCUGCUGUUGAGAAAAGUGUUUUUGCGCUGAAACUGAAUACUGAUUUAAAUUUGAAUUGUUUGCUGAGUAAUUUUUGAAAACUAGCAGGAAUUCGUGGAGUAAUGACGUUCAGUGCGAUUUCCGAGUGAAAAUAUCCUGCAUUAAAAAACUGAGCAAAGAAAAACGAAAAAUGUUGAACGAACAAUAUACGGAAUGCAAAGUUCUGCCCAACAUCAAUGAAACAUUUCCCCAAUUUGGUCGAUCAAUUGCCACACUGCUCUCGCCACUUGACUUAUCGCUGCGCGCCGCCAAUCUAAUACCGAUUACGCCACCCUCAACACCCUCACCGCCGCGAAAGCGUCAAAGAUUAAUGUCAGACGAGAAUUACCUUUGGCGACCGCACGCCAUGGGAACAAAUCAACAAACACCGUUAACACCGUUGCUAUCAGCAACUGGCAGACCCUCAUCCACACACACAGCCAAGGAAGAUAGUGCUGGUAGCAAUUACCUAGCUCAACUACCGUUAGUGUACAACUGUCGCCACGACGAAUAUCCGAUGCAGCACACAACAUCCUCUGGAAGAUAUAAAAACAAUUUACACGAUAUGAGGAGUAGCUUUGAAGAAAUUCCAGAAAGUCAAGCAACCACAAUACCAACCAUACCGCACGAAGCAAGAUUACAGCAGCACGAACCACAACAACAACUGAAUGAAGUGCAGCGGUCGCCACAACAAAGCCCAUUGCCCAUUAUAUGCGUGGACGAUGAAACGAUUGUCUUGACCGAGGAUGAAGAGGAAACACUUGUCAGUUCACACGAUUACAACGAGGAAAUAGACGACGAAGACGAGGACGAAGAUGAAGAAGCUGCGGCUGUGCUGGCAAACAGGAUGGCUGACUUCAGAGCCACAACAACGGUGUACGCGGAUGCCAGCAGUAAUGAAAGUCAGAACCGUUGUGCGAGAGAAAGCAUUGAUAAUGAGGAUAUGGAGACGGCAGAUGACGAAGAGGAGUAUGUCGAUAUACUGAGCAACGACGACGACGACUUAAAUCCGCUCAAUAGCGCCAAUUUCACACAGCGUCUGCAGUGUCAAGAACUGGAGGAGGAGAUUGCAAAGUCCGGCAAAGCUUUGACACGCAACAAACUCGUCUACGACAAUGAGGAGUUACAUCAUCGCGCCAUCGACGGUUUGGCGAAAUUAUUCGAAAAAGACUUUCAAGUACCUCAUGCGGAGAAGAGGCAAGAUAGUAAUUUACUGACUAGAAAACAAACAAAUACCAUAUUGACAGCAAUAAAUGAGGCGGACUUGAGUGAACCCAAUAGAGCGCUACAUGUGGAAAAGCCACCAGCGAAAGCUAAUACUUUUGGACGAACACAUCAGCAACGUUCGCAUAAAUCGGAGCGAAAACGCAUGAAACUGCGAAAGCAUCAUCAGAUGCUCGAUGAGGAGACCAUCAGUCCCGUCUCGGGCACCAUUAUACGAAAGUUGCGCGACGACGAAGAGUUGGUGGUGCGCAAAGGUGACAUUGAUCCGGCUUUCAAUGUGGUCGAAAUCACCGAAGAAGCUAAGGCGAUUUUGGCCAGCAUCGACAACAAAAUCGGCGAUUACUUAUGCCAGCUGUGCCGUACGCUGUACGAUGACGCAUUCCAGCUGGCACAACACCGUUGUCCACGCAUCGUACAUAUCGAGUACAAGUGUUCGGAGUGCGAAAAGGUCUUCAAUUGUCCCGCUAAUUUGGCUUCCCAUCGUCGUUGGCAUAAGCCGAAGUCGGAGUUAAUGGCGAGCAGCGGGCAGAGCAAGAAGCGACACUUGAACGAACCAACAGCAGCGGCGGCUGGUAUGCGGUAUGAGAAGGUGAAUCUCGCUGACGACGGGCAGGAGGGUGUCUAUCCUUGCACACAGUGCGGCAAGCAUUUCCGACGCCAUGCUUAUCUGAAAAAACAUCAAGCUUCGCAUCAGAUUUUGGAGAAUCUCAAAUCGUUGGACAUCUUCAAAAAUUCCAACGCAAUUGCAAACCCAGUGUUCCCACAUUCAAUGCAGCAAUCGAAAAACCAUUUCCCCUUCAACAACGCGACGGCUACAGUACCAGCGCCACGCGCAUCACACACACCAGCAUCACAGCAUUUUGGCGUCGCUCAUCCGCACACGAUCAAACCUUAUCCGCAGCGUUUCAAUCUAUUUCCCUUCCCAGCCUUUGACCAACGACGCUUCUACUCACUAGGUGAAUUGUAUCUCUCCCAGCACUUGGAUCACUCUUCCGCUUUCCAGUAUGUGCAGGCGAAUCAUUUGCGUAAUCUAACAGCCGCAGCGGGAGCCUUCGCACCACGCCCACCACAUGUACCGCCGCCCACCGCCUUAAUUGCAAAAUGACCCAACAUUGUGCGCCCUGUGCCGCGCAUCGCACUCGGUACCACUGUAACGACAACAACAACGCUGAGUAGAGAAUUGCCCCAGUUGCCGACGGCAGCGGUCGGACCACCGCCGAAUGGUUUGAAUGCGGUUCCACGACAUUUCAGUUGGCUACCGGCCGCAACAACAACACGAGAAACGACAACGGCAGGCACGGCAGCUAUAGCGGUACCCUUAACGGCAUAUGAUGGAAAUAUUUAGAGGUGUUGCGUAAGUGUUAAAUAAUGUGGACACGUUUUAGAUAGUUUUGAAUUUUAGAUUUUUUCCUUAGCUAAAUAAAAUAUAUACACAAAUACAUAUGUACUCAGACGAGUAUUUAUUGUAAUAAUCAUUAAUUUUUCCGAAUUAAUAAAAACUGCAAAUAUGUAUAAUUGUAUACAA